AUGAAUGUCGUCGGCAACUCACGGCAGACGUCAACGACGGAGGCUGGCGAAUCGGGGCAUCGUCGUCGACGUAUCAGACCCUCACGGGCACGUGGAUUGAGAACCAGAACAGGGUGGCCCCUAAGCGAGAGCUCACAUGCACAUCACAGCCUCACUUGCAGAGAGAGACGCGUGAAAUGCGACGAUGGUAAACCCACAUGCUUACGAUGCUCCAAGUCUGAUCGAAUCUGUCGUUAUGCCCAGAAUAUUACUCAAGACGUUGAUCAACAACAUGCCGCCAGAGCCGAGAACGAGGGAGAGCCCACUAGGACACACCCAGACUCUCGGGAGAACACGAGGUCUGAGGACAUAGCCUCCAUUGGCGAUGGCAGAGCCAACAAUAUACAUGCCCCCCAGGUGGAAUUUCAAAGUCCUUCCCCACAACAGGGCAUCAUUGGGAUAGCACCGCACCCCCAGGCCACUUGUCCCACCCCUGCCGAGGAUGUCGCGCCGCCGCACCGAGGCGACCCGAUUGGACCAACGCGGCAUAACCACCUGAAUGAGCAUCACGGGCAGAGGCUGCCCAGCUUUGACUCCACAUUCCCAGAAUCGCCACUAUCGCCGAGUCAGCUAUCCCUGCUCAACACCUCCGCCUUUGAUUGGUAUGAUUUGCUAGCACGGGAUGCCAUCAGCGACAUCCAACGGCAGAAUGAUACCUCGAAUGGAGAUCCGAGUUGGAAGUCUUUUGAGAUUGCCCUCUCUCGCAAACAAUCAGUAGCCCCAGAAGAUGUUGAUUCUCGGCCUGAGCAGGCUAGAAAUCACUAUGAAGAGCAGCAGCAACAAACACUUUUGCACAAUUGCGACGACCGAACUGGCGAAUCUGCCCCCGGUCAUCAUCCAUUGUCUAUAAUUUGGAAUACAGCAACUGCGAUAGAACUAUUGGAAAUUGACCUCUCAUUCUUCCGGUAUUACAUCCAAGUUGUUGGGCCAAUCCUAGACCUAUUUGAUCCCGCUCGGCAUCUUACCAACGUCGUUCCCCACGUCGCACUACGGAACAAAGGUCUCUUGAAAUCAAUCCUUGCAGUUGGUGCGAAGCAUAUGUCACUUUCUUCUUCAAAUGUACAAGAUGGGGGUUCGUCAAGCAACCAAUACCAGCCAAAUGAGAAUGCUCCCACACUACAAACAGCAACAGGUUUAUCGCCAGACUCUGAGACUACUACGUCACACAUGGCCACGCAAUACUAUUACGAAACGCUCCACUAUCUUUCACAAACACUGCUGUAUCCCGCCUAUGCUGACUCGCACGAGAUUUUAGCAACAGCUACGAUGAUCAGCACGUACGAAAUGUUCGACUGCGACAGCGUCCCGAACAGCGGCGUAUGGGAACAGCAUUUGAGGGGCUCUUUCUGGAUUCAACGGUCUCAAGACAAUGAUGGCGAGUCUGUUGACGGUUUGAGGCGGGCCGUUUGGUGGGCCUGGCUUCGACAGGAUAUUUGGGCGGCUUUCCAAGCAGGACGACCGACUAUCACCUUCUGGCGAGCUCGAAAGCCUCUUGAGACCCUGAAUUCGGAUGAAUUGGCGACGCGGAUUGUCUACCUGUGCGGAAAGUGCGUUAAAUAUGCUGCCUCUGAUAAAAUUCUGCCAAAUCAGGAUCCAAGAGACCGAAUCGAUCAAGGCGACCGGCUUCUCAGCGCACUCGCUGAUUGGUAUCGUAUCCUCCCUGUUUCAUACCAGCCAGUCACAGUUGCCACAAGCCCGACGUCAAAUACUUUAUUCCCGCCUAUCUGGAUCCACCCGACGAACCAUGCAGGGGCGAUGCAAAUGUACCAUCUCGCGAGAACAGCCGUGUUGCUGAAUCAACCAACGAUGGGGGGGACUGAGCACCUACAUGCAGCGCGAAAAACAACUUACCGAAAGCGUUAA